AUGGCUGAGGGGCUCCUGGCCGAGGACGGGAGGCUGCUGCGCGGGGGACUGGGAGGGGGAGAGGAGGCUGUGCAACCACCCACAGCCGCUGCCAUUUAUGAAGGGCCCACUGGAUGCCAGGCCCACAUGUGUCCUCACAAAUCCUCAUGCUGGCCCUAUGAGGCAGACCUAUACUUCCAUCCUCUCUCCCCAGCCUUUCUCUCCGCUGGCCUUGGGGUCCUUGCACCCUCGGAGACCUACACCCUGCCCACAGCCAGCUCUAGCUGGGAGCCCCACCCGGACUCCCUGUUCCCAUCAGGCCCCUUCCCUGGCUCCACAGGGGCCCAAGCUGAGGCCAAGCACACUGGGCAGGGACCCAAGAACCCAUGUGUGUCCAACGUGACGGUUCAGCUGGAGAUGAAGGCACUGUGGGAGGAAUUCAACCAGCUGGGCACAGAGAUGAUUGUCACCAAGGCAGGCAGGCGGAUGUUCCCCGCCUUCCAGGUGACGAUCCUGGGCAUGGACGCGCUGGCUGACUAUGCCCUGCUGGUGGACUUCCUGCCGCUGGAUGACAAGAGAUACAGGUACGCCUUCCACAGCUCCGCUUGGCUGGUGGCGGGCAAGGCAGACCCAGCCACUCCUGGCCGCGUGCACUUCCACCCUGACUCGCCAGCCAAGGGUGCACAGUGGAUGCGCCAGAUUGUGUCCUUCGACAAGCUCAAGCUGACCAACAACCUGCUGGAUGACAACGGCCACAUCAUUCUCAACUCCAUGCACCGCUACCAGCCCCGAUUCCAUGUGGUCUUCGUGGACCCACGCAAGGACAGUGAGCGUUACGCCCAGGAGAACUUCAAGUCCUUCAUUUUUACUGAGACCCAGUUCACGGCCGUGACUGCGUAUCAGAACCACCGGAUCACCCAGUUGAAAAUCGCCAGCAACCCCUUUGCCAAAGGCUUUCGGGAGAGUGACCCAGACUCCUGCACUGUGUCUCCACGGCCCCUGCUCAGCGUCCCUGCCCGGAGUCAUAGCAGCCUCGGCCCCUGCCAGCGAAAGGGAUCCACAGAGCAGGCGGAAGACCCCAACAAAACUCAAGCCUCCACCUCCAGGACCCCUGCCCAGCUCCACCAUCAGCUGCUGGCUCCUCCUGAGGCUCUGUUGGGCCAGACCACCUACCAGGGCCUGUAUCCCGGAACCUCAAGUUCCCUUCGAAUCCCAAGGGCCCGACCAACACCAUACCCCCUUCCCAAUAUCCAGGCUGACAGGGAUCAGGGGGACCUGCCCCUCCCAGCUAGGCUGGGGCUCCUGUCCCCCACGACCAUAUGCCUGAGGCGUGUUCAGGACCCUCAGUGACUGCAGGGGCCCUGUGUAGAGUCCUCCUCUUACCCUGGACCCCACCCCCUCCAGCCUCACCUUUGCAGACGCCUCCCACCCUUCUCAAGGGGAGCAGGGCAGGUGGAAACCCAGAGAGGGAGGCUACCUGCCCAGGGUCACAGCAAGGCUGGGGCAGUGCCAGGCUUGGAACCAGGCCCCCUAACCCACAGCGUGCCCCCUUCUGCCUUGGGGAUGACCCCUCCACAUCCUGCUUUCUCUCUCCCUUCCCCUCAACAUUAAAACAUUUGGUGGUCA